UUCGAAACUGUUAAAACUUGGUUAAUACAGUGAAGUGAUCUUAAUUAAAAAAUACAUUAUUUCCUUGAAUAAAAUAGAUAAUCGCAUAAUAUUUCACAAUGGCAUCAACCUCAAAAGAUUCUAUACCAAGUCACCUUUCUCAUCAGGAAAAUAUCGACGAUGAUUUGCAACCAGGAGCUUGUCCUGAAAGUGUUCUCAACCCGACUGAUUCCUUUGAAGAAAUUGAGUCAGAAAUGAGCACAAACCCUGAACAGAGGCACGCAAAACUUACCACUAAGAGUAGUACAAUUAGUGAAAUACAAAGCGAAAUUGGUGAACCUUCGAAAGAUAUGAAAACAGCUAAAUCAAGUGAUGAUUUGAAAGAAGGCAUGGCAUCUUCACCAAGUAGUUCAAACAUAACAGAACAGAAUGGAGAUGAUGUUGAUACAGACAAAGAUGAGUAUUUACAAUCACCAGAGUUGGUGAAUAAAGAAAAGCAUGUAUUUAUCUUGAGCUCUGCUGGUAAACCAAUAUAUUCAAGAUAUGGAAAUGAAGACAAAUUAGCAGGUUUGUGCGGAGUAAUACAAGCUCUAGUCAGUGUGGUUGAGGAACAUGACCAAGAUAUCUUGAGAUCUAUCUGCACAAAAGACUGUAAAGCAGUGUUCUUAGUGAAGGGCCCACUUAUACUGGUCGCUGUUUCUAAAUCUAACGAGAGUGAAACACAAUUGGUAAUGCAAUUGACAUAUGCAUUCAAUCAAAUAGUAUCAGUUCUAACAUUAACACAACUUAAUAGAAUAUUUGAACAACGAAGGAAUUAUGAUUUAAGAAGACUUUUAGCUGGAGCUGAAAGAUUAAUUGAUAAUUUAUUAAUAUUCAUGGAGAAAGAUCCAGCUUUUUUACUCGGAGCAGUAAGAUGUCUUCCAUUACCGGAAAAAGCGCGUGAAAAUAUCACAAACGCGAUAAUAUCAACUUGUAAUAAAAUAAGAGAUUUAGUAUUUGCAAUACUCAUAGCUGGGAAUCAAUUAAUCACUUUGGUUAGAAUGAAGAAGUACACACUACAUCCGUCCGAUAUACAUUUGCUGUUCAAUUUGGUGAGGAGUUCUGAAUCUUUCAAGACUGCAGAAAGUUGGACGCCUGUUUGUCUACCUAAGUUUGAUGCUACUGGAUUUCUACAUGGACAUGUUUCAUACAUCUCCGAAGAUUGUCAAGCUUGCCUACUUCUACUUACAGUACAAAGAGAUGCAUUCUAUCCUCUAUCACAAGCUAAACAUACAAUUGCCGAGAAAUUAGAGAAAAUGAAAUGCAUAGGAGCGAUAAACGAUGCAUUAAACAGAAGUAAAGACUUGCCAACAACUAAUCCUUUGAAACACAUCGGAAUACCUAUAAUAAGGCAUUUUAUGUACAAAUGUAAAUCAACAGCUCAACUUUUUACUUCCGAUCCAAUAAGUUUGGAUAGAUUACAAGACUAUAGGAUUAUGCAUAAUGAAGGUGGGGAUAUUACUGUAAAGAAGAUCGAAAAGUUGUCAGAUAUAGAUUAUGUGAAGAAUUAUAGAAAGUUCUGUAAUCAAAUACACUGUGCGACUGUACCUGCUAAGUUUAUAUUUAGAUCAAAUUCUGAAAACACUAUAUUAGCUUGGAUUACUAACGGCUUUGAACUUUAUGUCACCUUCGAUGCUUUAGUUGAGAAAGAGCAGACAAAGAAAGCAGUAGAUCAUCUCUUACAGUGGAUUAAAAGAGAAGAGAACAGAAUAUUCAUAAUGAAUGCACCAACUUUCUAGCAAAAGCUCAGUGUUACUCUCGGUGAUAUGAUAAAGAACUCUAUCACACGUAACUCUAGUAUUGAGGAAUAGUGAACAAAAGUGAUAUAAAGUGAUUUAUUUCCCUUAAUACAUUAAGUGCCGGACUUGCCCAGUGAUUCUUACAUUAAAAAGUAAAAAUUGUAGUAACAUUGCACAUGUUGAAGUAAUUAGUAUGGUGUGAAUUAUAAGUCAUAAAGCUGUGGUAAUAUUAUUUCAGUGUUAAUCGCUUUUGCAACUCAUGGUUAGCUGCAAAUUGACAUCU